AGGAGAUUUAAGAGAAAUUCUGAAAUGGGUUCUACCCCUUUAGCUGAUCAGAUGAAAAAUUCUCUGAGGUUUGACGAAGCUAAGAGACAUGACGAUCCUCGAAUACUCAAACUGGGUUCAACAUUGAGGACUCGAAUGAGUUGUAGUACUACAGGUUCAUCGGGUCGGAGUGUGAGUUCUUCCGAUACUAGAAAGUCGGGUUCGGGUUCGGGUUCGAGUUCAUCUAGAGUUGAAAUAGUUCCGGCCGGCAAUAUUUGCCCGUCCGGUAAAGUGAUAACUGGGAUGCGUAGUAAGCCUGUUAGGACUGUGUUAAGUGACAAUGAGAUGAUACCCGGAAUGUACGGGUACGGGAGCAUAACGCCUGCCGGAGCUACUCCGAAAACCCGUCGGGUUUCCGGUAGUGGUUCGCCGGAAUCCAGUUGGAGAAUUAAUUCGGAAGAAUUGAAGGUGAAAGGGAAUGAGAAUUACAAGAAGGGUAAUUUUUUAGAAGCGUUGUAUUUUUAUGACAAAGCUAUAGCAAUUUCUCCGGGCGAUGGAAGAUUGCAUUGUAAUCGAGCUGCUGCGUUAAUGGGUCUUAAGCGAAUAACGGAAGCAGUGAAAGAAUGUGAAGAAGCCAUUAGAUUAGAUCCAACAUAUGUUCGAGCACACCAGCGUUUAGGAUCUUUGUUACUUAAUUUAGGACAAGUUGAAAAUGCAAGGAAGUGUUUAUUUUCGCUAGAUCAGAUACCAGAAGAAGCGGAGUUGCACAAGUUGGAAACAGUGGAGAACCAUAUCAAUAAAUGUAGUGAGGCUCGGAGACUUGGAGAUUGGACGAGUGUGUUAAAAGAAGCUGAUGCAGCAACUAGUCGUGGAGCUGAGGCAUCUGCUCAGCUAUUUGCAUGUCAAGCGGAAGCUCAUUUGAAGCUACAUCAAUUAACGGAUGCUGAAUUGUGGAUGUAUAAAGCUAGGAUGUAUGAGGCAUCUGUGAGAGCAUACAAGUCAAAACUUUUUGGGAUGAUAUCUGAAGCAUACAUAUUCUUUGUCCAAGCUCAGAUUGAGAACACUCUUGGAAAGUUUGAUAAUGCGUGUGCUGCGAUUGAAAGAGCUGCACAAGUUGAUCUUCAAAGUGCUGAAGUUAUUGGUUUACUCAAAAACAUGAGGCUGGUGGGGCGAGCUCGUUCUCUUGGAAACGAGUUAUUUAAAUCUGGAAGAUAUAUAGAAGCUUGCAGUGCUUAUGGGGAAGGGCUGUCGCGUGAUUCUUUGAAUUUGAUUCUCUACUGCAAUAGAGCAACUUGCUGGUAUAAACUUGAACAGUGGGAAAAAUCUUUGGAUGAUUGCAACCAUGCUCUACUUAUCCAGCCACAAUAUACUAAAGCUCUUUUUCAAAAAGCUGCCUCAAAUGUCAAGCUGGAAAGAUGGGCUGACGCUGUGAGAGAUUAUGAGAUUCUGAGGCAGGAGCUUCCAUAUGACAGAGAGCUUGCUGAAUUUUUAUUCCAUUGCCGAGUUGAAUUAAAGAAUUCACAAGGAGAAGAUGUUCACAAUAUGACAUUUGUUCGCAAGGUGGACUUGGUUUUGGAUCUUGACAAGUUCCACACUGCAAUUACAUCAUAUGUUACAUCUGUGAUCCUUUUUAAAGAAGCAUCCAACGAACAAUGCAAGCGGAUGUCCUUAGUAAUGGAUACCUUAAGCACCAAAUAUCGUUCAGUAAGUUUUCUCGAGGUGGACGUGGAACAAAGCCCAGCGAUCGCUGCAGCAGAGAACAUUACAACACUACCUACAUUUAAGAUGUACAAGGAUUGCAGAUACGUGAUGGGGUUGUAUAUCCCGAAUCCAAAGGUGUUGGAGAAUAUGAUUAGGCGUUACCGUCAUUAGGAGCAUAGUUGACAUUUCAUUGUGCUUCUCUUGCCAUACCAAAUUGCCUGAUGAUUACUCUGAACACCCUCUUCGCUCCCAACUAG